ACAACAAAUGAUGCAUUUCCGGUGUAACAAACCAGCCCGCUAAUUUCGAGUGACUGUCGGCUUUCUGACAGCCCAGCGAACUGUCGAUAGUUUCUUGAGUACCAUUGUGUUGAUGCAAGUCCUCAGAUUGAUAACGUAAAUGGUUUUUACAGGGAUGGACGUUGACAGAAUGGAGUCGGAAAACCAGGAACAAAUCAUUCAUGUGGAAGUCCAUGUUAAAUCUCACAGCACAGCUAAACUGUCUGAGGUGAGGAUACAUGUUCUGGGUCUACUGAAUCGCCACAGCAUGGUUUUUGGAAACUACAGAUGGGCAGAGUUUGAUGAUGACUUCCUGCAGAAACAUGUGGAAUCUGUGGCUAUAGUUGAUCUAGAGGAUCUGGUAAUGCAGCCUCUUGAUUUGAACAGUUGCUCUGUCUCCGUUAACAUCUUCACUUUGAAUGAGGAUGGACCCAGCACGCUCAGUUUGGAGGAGGAUGAGGAGCUUUCAGCAGCCAAUCACUGGUUGCUGCCAGCAGCUGAAUUCCAUGGGAUUUGGGAUAGUCUGGUAUAUGAGAGUGGAGUCAAAAAACAGCUCCUGGAUUACAUCACAACAACAAUUUACUUCUCAGACAAAAAGGUUGACAGUAACCUGAUUUCGUGGAACCGUGUUGUGCUGCUUCACGGACCCCCGGGCACAGGGAAAACGUCACUGUGCAAAGCUCUGUCCCAGAAGCUGUCAAUCAGACUGUCAAGUCGGUAUUCGUAUGGGCAAUUUGUCGAGAUAAACAGCCAUAGUUUGUUCUCAAAGUGGUUCUCAGAGAGCGGAAAGCUGGUCACAAAGAUGUUUCAAAAGAUCCAACAACUGAUAGACGACAAAGAUGCUCUCGUGUUUGUUCUGAUUGAUGAGGUGGAGAGUCUGACAGCAGCUAGGAGUGCCUGCCAGGCGGGAACUGAGCCCUCUGACGCCAUCCGAGUGGUCAACGCCGUUCUCACUCAACUGGACCAGAUCAAACGACAUUCCAACGUGGUGAUCCUGACGACCUCCAAUGUGACAGAAAAGAUAGACUUGGCGUUUGUGGACAGAGCCGACAUCAAGCAGUACAUCGGACCUCCAUCUGAGAAGGGCAUCUACAACAUCUACCUCUCCUGCCUGGAGGAGCUGAUGAAGUGCCAGAUCGUCUACCCCCGCCAGCAACUGUUCACCAUGUUUGAGCUGGAGACGAUGGGCUUUGCAAAGAGUGAGGUGUCCGAACACAGUCUGAACCUGAGGAACAUUGCUGUAAAGAGCAAAGGUUUAAGUGGAAGAGCACUCGGAAGUUACCUUUUCUAGCCCACGCAACUGUUUGUAAAGACACCGACCGUAACGCUUGAGAGGUUUCUGGAGGCAAUGGACCAAGCAGUGGAAUAAACAGAUGCAGGAAAGGCUGACCUGGUCAAUGGUGUCUGAACUUAUUACAAUGCCCAAAGGCUGACACAUGAUUGUUUGUGAGCUCUUUUUAUCAAGCUUAAUCCUUUCAUUUGGCAGCCACGUGUUAAAUAUAUUGGCAAGUAACAUUGUUUUAACAAAUGCUAUCUAUAAUACAAGUCUCUGUUCAGGUAAAUUCAUUUGGUGCUACUAUCUUAAAAGACCAAGUUGGUUUCAUUAUAGGCAGUUUGCUUUAAGAUGGAGUACCCAAUGCUUUAAUGUUCUGUGUUUACGCUGUUCUUAGUUUCAAUGUGUUCGUUUUAUGUAAUGUUCAGCUUUAACCUUAACAGUGCCAGGUUCUUUUGGUUUCCAUGUUAAACUGAUAGUUCAUUUGUAUUUUAACUUUAAUUUAAAUCACUGUGUACACAUUAGCUCAAUCUAUGGAUUGGUUUGAGGAUAUCUCAUUGAGGUGAAAAUAUGUUUUUGUUAACUGGUUCCUUGUUCUGCUGUUCAUUUCUCUCAUCCAAGUUGUCAGCUCACUGAGAUGCCUUCACCCUCAGGAUCGAGCUAAUGUUCAUGUGCGAUACCAGCUUGUGUUGAAAAAUGUGAACUGCCACUUUAAUAUGUUCCUUUCACCACUAUUCAUGUGUAAUAUGUUUAAAAAGGGAUGUUCCUCAUAGACCAUCACUUAGAAAUGUUCAUGUAUAUCAAAUCUUCUUCAAUCUCUCUGCAUAUGUGUUCAUCGCAACUUUAUUUUGUAUAUAGCAUUGUAAUAAACCGUAUCGUUUAUG